CAAAUACGAGACCUUACUGCGAGAACGUCACCGGGCAGACAAACAUGGCUGCAUGUUAGUCUGAUAUUUUUCUUUACUGUUUGCCAAUAAUUCAGAGCUCUUAGAAGCAUUAUUUAAGGAAUAUAAUUAUCGCUCUUGAUACAUUUACUAAAUUUUAUUACCUCAACUUACCUAUUAGUUCCCUUUGAACUUUGAAAUAAUUUUGAAAAUGUCCCACAAUCACUUAAUGAGCAGUCAGCAGCAACAUUCUAUGAUGAAUUCAAAUAACACUGGAGUUCAGCAGAGAAAUGUUAUUGCACAGAGAAGUUCUCAGACAUCAUCUCAGCCUAAGUCAACAUUUCAGGUGCAGACAGUUCCAAUCACUCAACUGUCUCACUUGCAACAGCAGCAGCAAUUAAUCAACACUUACCAUAGCCAGAAACAGAUGUCACCAGAUUUAUCAACAAUGAAUCCUAUGGCUAUUCAGAAUGGAAACUUCCAAACUUUAUCUGGAGCAUCUCUUCAUGCUAAUAUAGAAAGCUCUAUUCAGCAUCAGUUCCAGCAGUCACAGCAACAACAGGCUCAGAUUCAACCCUCUGUGCAACAGCACAUUUAUCAGCAAGCUUCUGUCACACAUCAGAAUCAACAGGGAACACAUCACAUGCAUCAGUCAAUGCAACAUAUGUUACAGCAACCACAAAUUCCACAGCAUGUUUCAACCAACUUUACUCAGCAGCAGCACCUCCAACAAAUACAGCAAAGAAAUAUCUCACAGCUUCAGAAACAGCAGAUUCAACCAAAGCAGAUCCUCCAACACCCCUCCCAUUUAACUAAGAAUGUAUCAAGUCUUGCUCAACAGUCCAGCCAGCCCCAAUCAAGUCACUUACAGACACAGCAGUCUACAAAAGUUACUGUUACAAAUGGGCAGUCUGGUACUGUUGAGGCCAAGAAAGAAACUAAUGAAAAGAGUGAAGUUAAGUUACCUGAGAAACCAGAAAAAAAUAAUGCCACUGAGACGCUUGGCUUGGCAAACACAAAAGAGAAAACCCCUAUGUGUCUUAUUAAUGAAUUAGCCAGAUUUAACAAGAUUAGCCAUCAGUACACGCUGGUGGAUGAGCAGGGCCCUGCCCACAAGAAAACAUUCUAUGUGAAACUAAAGCUUGGAGAGGAAGAAUAUCCUGCCUCAGGGGAAAGCAUCAAGAAAGCUCAACAUGCAGCUGCUGCUAUAGCCUUGGACAGUACCAAAUAUCCACAACCACCUCCCAAACCUGCAAGAUUCUGCAGUAGUAACAGUGUAGACAGUGGAGAUGAAAAUAUUACACCUACUGUUGAGCUUAAUGCCCUUGCAAUGAAGCGUGGGGAGGCAGCAGUGUACAAAGCUAUUGAACCACAGCAGCCCCCAUACUUUCAACCAGGAAUGGAUUACAGAGGAUUAUACAGUCAGAGAUAUCACCAAUAUAUGCGUGCUCCUCGAGAUCCUCGUUAUCGUGGGGGUGGUGUUCUUUGGCCCCUGAGGUGUCAGUACCCACGUUUUAAUCGUGCAUUUUAUGUCUCACUGCGUGUUGGUCAUCGCGAAUUUAUAGGAGAUGGCCCAACACGUCAAGCAGCUAGACACAAUGCAGCACAGAAGGCCCUUCGCAUCCUUAAAAACCUGCCUGUACAGAAUGAACCUAAAAAAGAAGAGCCAGCUGUAGUAGAAACAAAUGAUAGUUUAAAAUCAGAAAUCAGCCUGGUCCAUGAAAUUGCUUUGCGCAGAAACAUGCCCGUCAAUUUUGAGGUAAUCCGUGAAGCAGGCCCACCGCACCAGAAGAAUUUCAUAACUAGAUGUAUGGUAGGAGACAAAAUCACAGAAGGUGAAGGAAACAGUAAAAAGACUUCCAAGAAAAAAGCUGCAGAGCUGAUGUUGGAGGAACUGAGAAAACUACCUCCUAUUCCAGCACCUGCUUAUCCAAGACCCAAGUCAAAAAUACAGCUAAAUAAAAAGAAGAAUCGAAAUAUUAUCAAGUCUGAGCUUCAGCAACAAAAGGCAGAUCCUAAUUAUGGAGUUGGUAUAAACCCAAUCAGCCGACUUAUUCAAAUUAUGCAAGCCCAAAAGAAAAAAGAGCCCUUAUACACUUUGAUAGCAGAGAGAGGACUACCUAGAAGACGUGAAUUUAUCAUGCAGGUAGACGUAGAGGAUAAAACCAGCACUGGCACUGGUCCAAACAAAAAGUUGGCUAAGAGAUCAGCUGCUGAAGCAAUGCUGCAAUUGUUGGGCUAUACUAAACCUAGCCCUCAGCCAGCCAAGUCAUCUUUCAAGAAUCCUGCAUCAGGAGAGGGCCACCAAAGUAAUGGAGACAAGAAAGUUAAAUUUUUGGAGAGUGACAUUGCUACAGAUAAUGUUGAGAAACCUUCAGCUGUAACACCAACUGUUCACCAGAGAGUGCCUGGACUGCUUCAUCUACCUAUUGCUAACAAUAAAUUAGUCAUCAAUGCUUCAGGUAUUCACGCUGUACCUCCAUCUGCAAGCUCCCAGUCUCAAGUAAAAGAACCUCUAGUCAAUUUAGCAAGUAUUCUUAAACCCAAUCUAAGACCAGAAAUUCAACUAAGGGAACUUUGUAAAGCUUUGGCACUAGAGUUGGAAAUUGAUGAUUUCACAAAGAAGCGACCUACCGGAACAGAACAUAUUACAAGGAUUACAGUUGGGAAAGAACCAGGACAGAACUUUCAUGGAAGUAGCAACACUUUGGACUCAUCUCGAGACAUGGCUGCCUUAGAUGCCCUCAAAGUGUUGCUUGCCAAAGUCAAGGACAUUCAUCCUGGAGGAGAUGGGCCACAAGUUAAAAAGGAACUCUUGACACGGUCCAAUACUGCUUUAAAGAAAGACAUCAGUAAAUAGAGAAGUGGCGGGCAUGUUUUAAGACACUUGCACUAAUGUUUGGAUACAUAACUUUGCAAACUAAAUUUUCACAACUGUUUAAGAAACAAUUCUGGCAUUCAUUUUCCUGUUCAAAAUACUCAGAAAAAUGUUUGCUUUGAUUGCAUUUAAAUGUCUUACAAAUACUUUGUACAUUUGGGGGAAACAAUUUGUUUAUAUAUAUAUAUAUAUAUUUGUGUAGAUUGAAAACAGUUGAACAUUGACCAACUUUGGUUGUAGCGCAAGGUAAUUAAUGUCUGUGAGAAAGGAAUUGCUUUACCAGAAACAUUUUUACAGCAUUGUUUCUAAUAAAGCAGUACAUGUGCUCUCAGAUAAACCUGGAUGUUUUGCUCUGUGGCUUGUGGUCUCUGCUAAAUUUGACUCUACAGCAUUUUAGGCCAUAUGAAGACAUCCCAUGGCACAGAGCAAUUAUGGUUUGGCUCAGGUGUGAAGAGAGAUGAUCCUGUGUGUAACCACCUUGUCCAGUUCAACUGUUUUCAGUCUGCUCAUAUAUUUUGGGGAAUCAGCAUAUUCUAUGCUGUUUCAUCUUUAGCAAAUAAAGCCUAGAUCAAAGUCUGUUUUCUAUUCCCUGGGCCUUGAUUCUAAGUGUGUGAUGUGCAAAACUGUCCAGUUUUGCUUUUUUCUUCUAGGGAUGUCAUCUCAUUGAGCAUCUAGAGCUUACUUUGUUUUUGUGAUAGAGUGGCAUUCAUUACCAUUUUUUUUUUUUGUUUACCCUGGUCAAGAAGCACUGCAGCCAUGGCUUGUGAUUUGUAUGUCUAAAUAUUGUUUUGUUUUUUAUUUACUUACCCUCCACUCUUAAGUAGUGAGUGUUUAAGCAUUAAUAUAGUCAUCCGUGUAUAGUCAUCAGGAGUGGAUAAUGGUCAUUUCCUCUGAUCAAUGUUUACUCCUCUUGGAGAAUGUAUAAUAUGUAAAUGCUUCAUCACAUUGAUUUGUUAACACCAUUUUAUACUAAUCUUUCAAAUGAUUGAAGAUCAUAGUUUGUGAUGUUGUUUUUUAUUUAUCUAUUUAAUUCAAAUUUAUUUAAGUUGAAUUUUUUUUUAAAUCUUUCAUUUUUCUUGAUGCAGUAAAACUAUUAAUAGUUAAAGGGUCAGAAUUUCUUCACUAGUUUUUUUUUUUUUUCAUUUUACCUAAAUGUUAAAGUAAUAAUUCUUCUUUUCCCAGUCGAUAUUUAAUACUCAGUAAGGUGGGCUGCAGUUUUUUUUUUCUUUAUAAUGAAGUCCAAUUAUAUACUAGUUCAUCUUGUAUUUAAAAUUAUUUUUGCAAAGUAAAUACUGGUAGCAACAUUUUAACAAAAAGUAUUUUGUUUAAAAUUUUUUUUGUUUUGUUUUCUUCCAUUGUUGCGUUAUUCUUGAACUUUUCAAAUUCUUGAACUUUUCAAAGCAUGAAAAGAUUUGUUAGCCUUUUGUUCUAGUUGUUGAACACGUUUGUUCUCUUUUCUUCCCAGCAGUCCAUCUGAAGAAGUACUUGCAACAAUCAUGAACACUCACCCAUUGUUUCUUUAAUCUUUGUGUAUUCUAUGUUGUGAAUUGUUGACAUUAUCCAGAGUUUGUAUCAAUAGAAUACAUGUUCUAGGUUUCCUUUCAUUUAGUAUUACAACUAAUGUUAGAUAAUUAUUUUUUAUUUUGUAUUCAAAUAUUUUUUUUUUUUUUUUCAUCAAUUUUGAUUUAAAACAAUAAAAGACGUUUUUGAGAAGUUUUA